AUGGACGGCCAGGAGUGGCGGGACGAGUGGCACCAGCCGCGCCUGAUGGACGGCGGCUUGGUGAACGGUCACUGUCCACGGAGCAGCUUCCUGCAGCAGACAAUCGCUGAUCGGGUGGGGCGCGAUCCCGACCAGAUACCGGCUCUGCCUCCUCUCCAUCACUCUAUUGGCGACAAUUCGGUAUGUUCGCGGAGCACGUAUUCGCCGUUGCAAGCCCUCAGCGAGAGCACCUGCAGGGAUCAUGGCGCUCAGCAUGCACCCCCGCCACAGCCACCGCCUCCACGUAUCCAGGUUCCGACGCAGAACGUAACACUGCACCCAGCGGUGGCGCGUUGCACUGCCACCCUAGAGUUGGCGGCGCUCUGGCGGAGCUUUCACGAGCUCGGCACUGAGAUGAUCGUAACGAAGGCGGGCAGGCGGAUGUUCCCGGCGCUCCAGGCCCGCUUGUCCGGCCUUCUGCCCAACGCCGACUACCUGUUGCUGGUGGACUUCGUGCCGCUAGACGACAAGAGAUACCGCUACGCCUUCCACAGCUCCAGUUGGGUAGUGGCGGGCAAGGCGGAUCCCGUCUCACCGCCGCGCAUCCACGUGCACCCCGACUCGCCGGCCGCCGGCGCGCACUGGAUGCGCCAGCUGGUCUCCUUCGACAAGCUCAAGCUGACCAACAACCAGCUCGACGACAACGGACACAUAAUCUUGAACUCGAUGCACCGCUACCAGCCGCGGCUGCACGUGGUCUACCUGCCCGCUGAAGGAGCCCGCACCGCCCCCUCCACCGUUCCCUACCGCACCUUCGUCUUCCCAGAAACGGGAUUCACGGCCGUCACCGCCUACCAGAACCACAGGAUUACGCAGUUGAAGAUAGCCAGUAAUCCUUUCGCAAAGGGUUUCAGAGAUUGCGACCCGGACGAUUGCCCGCCGGAGCAAAGCCAGCAGCGGGCGGCGGCGAGGCGUCGGGAAGUGGCGGCGUCCGAACCUGGACCAACUCUGGCGCAGCCCUACGCGGCAGAUCCCAGCGCAUGCGGCCCUCUCUACGCGGCGCACGCUCACACCGUGCGAUAUCAGCCACACGCGGGUCCCAACGGAGCUUACACUGCUUAUUACGCACAUAGA